AUGGCGUCGGCAAUUUUCUUCCUGGACCUCAAGGGAAAGCCUCUGUUAUCGCGAAACUACCGCGGCGACAUCCCUAUGUCGGCUGUCGACAAGUUCCCCAUGCUGCUUCUGCAGGCCGAGGAGGAGUCACCUGUCGUCCCUCCGUGUUUCACCCAUGAGGGAGUCAACUACCUGUACAUUACCCACAACAACCUGUACCUGCUGGCUCUGACGAAGCGCAACACUAAUGCCGCCGAGAUUCUGCUGUUUUUGCAUCGGGUCGUCCAGGUGCUGACAGAAUACUUCAAGGGUCUAGAGGAGGAGUCAAUCAGAGACAACUUUGUGCUCAUCUACGAGCUGUUGGACGAGCUGAUGGACUACGGUUUCCCACAGACCACCGACACAAAGAUCCUCAAGGAGUACAUCACCCAAAAGUCCCACAUUCUCGAAAUCGCCAUGGAAAUCGCCCAGGUGCCAAAAGAGCAACCAAGACCCCCUAUGGCUGUCACGAACGCCGUGUCUUGGCGUUCCGAAGGCAUCAAGUACCGAAAGAACGAGGCAUUUUUGGAUGUUGUUGAGGCUGUCAACUUGCUGAUGUCUCCUUCGGGCCAGGUUCUGCGUUCUGAGGUUCUCGGCUCUGUCCAGAUGAAAUGUUACCUCUCUGGUAUGCCUGAACUGCGACUGGGACUUAACGACAAGGUGCUGUUUGACCAUGUGAGCAACACCGGUGCUGGGGGAGGCGGAUCGGGCGGAUCUGCUCGUGCAUCUCGAGGAAAGAGCAUCGAGAUGGAGGACGUCAAGUUCCACCAGUGUGUGCGACUUUCGCGAUUUGAGAACGAUAGAACUAUUUCGUUCAUCCCUCCGGAUGGCCAGUUUGAGCUCAUGAGCUACCGCCUCAACACCACCGUCAAGCCGCUGAUUUGGGUUGACUGCAAGAUCAACAAGUACUCCAACACGCGUAUUGAGAUUCUGGCUAAGGCCCGUGGCCAAUUCAAGAAGCGAUCGACGGCCAACAACGUCGAAAUCCACAUUCCUGUUCCCGAAGAUGCCGAUUCGCCUAAGCUGGCUGCUACCGCAGGUUCCAUCAAGUGGCACCCUGAGAAGGCAUGUGUCACGUGGAAGAUCAAGCAGUUUGGAGGAGGACGAGAAUUCUCCAUGCGAGCGGAGUUGGGUCUUCCCUCCGUUCAGGACGCUGAUGAGCAGGCUAAGAGCAAGAGACCCAUCCAAGUCAAGUUCUCCAUUCCUUACUUUACUACCUCGGGUAUUCAGGUUCGAUAUCUGAAGAUUGUCGAGCCGAAGCUGCAGUACACUUCUUACCCUUGGGUUCGAUACAUUACCACUAGUGGAGAGGACUACACCAUACGAUUGGCAUAA